AUUGAGAGUCAGUGGUCUGGUUCCGUUCCGUGGCUGUCUUCUUUGUUUUCAUCGUUUUCUUCUCUCGUUAAAGCUCUUUCCAAAGCGGCAGCCAUGGCGGUUCUUCAUCCUUCCUCCUCUAGAUCUUAUCAUAUCCUCUCAAAUGCCUACCACACUAGCUUCCAUCACCAUCACCACCACCAUCAUCAUCAUCAUCACCCUUCGCUUGUGAUCUUCUGGUGCCUCGUGAUUUCUCUGUUAUCUCCUCUCGCUGUCUCCUCUUCAUCCUCCUCGUCUUCUUCCUCCGCGUCGUCCUCCACGUCCUCUUCUUCUUCUCAAAUCUCCCUCGGAAUCGGUGAAACGGAAGGGUCGAAGCAAGAUCUGCAUCAGGCGAUCCUUAGAGACGAAACCGUGGCAAGGUUACACGAGCUUGGACAGGUGAGUGAUGCAGCUGCUCAUUUAGAGAGAACUUUCAUGAGUCCAGCAUCCAUAAGGGCAAUAAAGCUUAUCCGUGGAUGGAUGGAAGAUGCUGGUCUAUCAACAUGGGUUGAUAACAUGGGGAAUGUACAUGGUCGAGUGGAACCAAAUAAUGGAAGCACGCCGGCUCUUCUUAUUGGCUCCCAUAUGGACACUGUUAUUGAUGCUGGUAAAUACGAUGGCUCAUUAGGCAUAAUCUCUGCUAUCUCUGCAUUGAAGGUUCUGAAAGUAAAUGGGAAGUUAGGAGAACUAAAGCGACCCGUUGAGGUGAUUGCGUUUAGUGAUGAGGAAGGUGUGAGAUUUCAAUGUACUUUCCUAGGUAGUGCUGCUCUUGCUGGUAUCAUGCCAGUUUCUCGGUUGGAGAUUACUGAUAAAAGUGGUAUAACUGUGCAAGAUGCUUUAAAACAAAACUCCAUAGACAUAACAGAGGAAAAUCUUAUGCAGCUCAAGUAUGAUCCUGCAACUGUUUGGGGCUAUGUAGAGGUUCACAUUGAGCAAGGGCCUGUGCUUGAAUAUGUUGGUUAUCCUCUAGGAGUAGUAAAAGGAAUUGCAGGACAGACUAGACUCAAGGUUACUGUAAAAGGCUCUCAAGGACAUGCUGGAACUGUUCCAAUGUCACUACGUCAAGACCCUAUGACUGGUGCUGCGGAACUCAUUGUACUAAUGGAGAGUGUUUGUAGAAACCCUAAAGAGUAUUUAACUUGUGAAGGCCAAUGCAACGAGGAGACGAUAGAAUCCCUUGCUAAUUCACUUGUAUGUACUGUUGGAGAAAUCUCUACGUGGCCAAGUGCUAGCAAUGUCAUCCCUGGACAGGUAACUUUCACAGUGGAUUUACGUACGAUAGAUGACGUAGGACGCGAUGCUAUCCUCCAUGACUUAUCGACUAGGAUGUACCAAAUAUGUGACAAAAGAUCGCUUUUGUGCUCCAUUGAACGAAAGCACGAUGCAGACGCAGUAAUAUCAGACCCUCAUUUAAGUUUACAGCUGAAAUCAGCAGCUCAGAGUGCGCUUAAGAAGAUUACAGGAGAGAUACAAGACGAGGUCCCUGUGUUAAUGAGUGGAGCAGGACACGAUGCUAUGGCUAUGUCUUACUUAACUAAGGUUGGGAUGUUAUUUGUCCGGAAUCGUGGAGGAAUAAGUCAUUCUCCGGCAGAACAUGUCUUGGAUGAUGAUGUUGGUGCAGCCGGUUUAGCCAUCUUGGAGUUUUUAGAGUCUCAAAUGUAGUUUGUUUUCAUAAAAAUGAAAAAAAUAUAUAUAAAUGAGACACAAAGUGGAGUCUUGCGUUUUGAGACUCCUUGAAUGUACAGUGUCAUUUGUUGUGCUAUUUGUCUUUGUUCGGGACUAUGCAUUUGUAUAGAAUUAAAUCCGAUUUACUUUCAAUGUAUGAACAUUGUUAGCUAUGGAGAAACUGAAUAAAUAUCUCAAAUCAA